AUGCCUCCUUUAUGGCUACACCAGAUCUUCUCAGGCUCUCUACCGCAGCACUGUGAACCGGCCUCGCCCUUUCUGACUGCCGUCUCCUCGCAUCUCCACAUCUGCAUCCCCACCCCUCUGGCCCUUAUCUCGUCCAUCCUCGGCACCCUUAGUAUUGUCUCAUGGCUCUUUGCACAGCUGCCGCAGAUAUAUAAGAACUAUCAGAUUCAGUCGACGUCGGGUUUGUCGAUAUUUUUCCUCGUGAUCUGGUGUCUGGGUGACACCAGCAACCUCGUGGGGGCGCUUUUCACCCGACAGGCAGGGUGGCAGGUGGUGAUCGCCAGCUACUAUGUCCUGGUGGAUAUCACUCUGGUGAUCCAGUUCUUCUGGUACACGCAUUAUAAACGCUCCCGACAUGACGGAUAUGACGAAAUCCCACCUUCGCACGAUGCCGAUACCGCGGGCAUCCUGCAGGGCAGGUCGCUUUCGGACGACGACGACACUCACCAACGACCGGGACCGGUCGACACGUCCAUGAACAAAUCUGAACCCAAAGACAUGGGUGUACAAACAGGCUCAACCCUAAACUCGACCACCGGCCCAACACCAUCAUACUCCAACGAGAAACAGAGCACCUCUCGACGAACCGUCCGAACGGGCAGCAGCGCGCCCAGCCCGCCAUUCGCACUCCCACGCACCAUGCUCGUGGCUUCGCUUUUCUGUGCCGUCCUAGCCAACGCAAGUCCCACACCAGCCACAGGACGCCCGCCUCACCCGCCCAUCUCCCACGUUUCGCGCGAGACCAUCAUCGAGAUCGUCGGGCGCGUCUUCUCGUGGAUGUCGACGCUGCUCUAUCUCGGCUCACGCCCACCACAGCUGUACAAGAACUACUGCCGCAAGAGCACAGAGGGCCUGUCCCCGCUGCUGUUCAUGGCCGCCUUCGGUGGAAAUCUCUUCUACUCGUCUUCCCUCCUGACCAACCCGAACGCCUGGUCUAAUCUCCCUCCAUACGGCGGCGGAGGCUGGGCCGAUGCCCAUGGAAACGACCGUGUGGAGUGGGUUGGGCGCGCGAUCCCGUUUUUCCUGGGUGCGUUUGGUGUCCUGGGGCUGGAUGGAUACAUGGGCGUGCAAUUCCUCAUGUACGGGCCACGAGGCGUUGAUGAAGACGCGAGUUUCGUCGGUGCGGAUGACGAGGACCCGAAACGGGGCCGUAGCCAAUGGAGACGUGUUCGGGGCUGGAUGCGCGGAUGGAUUCCCUCGACGUCUCCGCCGCGCGGGGAGUUGGGCGUGUCCAAUCGCCCGCAGGAGGGACAGGCCUUGCUCAAUUCAGAGCGUGAGAGAUAUGGUACUGUGUAG